ACGUAGCGGAAAUGUCGCAGGUACAAGCUAGGUUCUUCACAGAGAAUAAAAAGUAUACAAUAGAUGAUGUCCCCUUCUCAAUCCCAGCCUCCUCUGAAAUUGUUGAUCUCAGCAACGUCAUUAACAAACUCCUGGAAGCUAAAAAUGAGGUCCACCAACAUGUGGAGUUUGACUUUCUCAUCAAGGGUCAGUUCCUGCGCACAGCUCUGGCUAAACACAUGGAGACUGAGAGCAUGUCAACGGAAGACGUGGUUGAGAUCGAGUAUGUGGAGAAGUACACAGCCCCUCAGCCCGAGCAGUGCAUGAUGCACGAUGACUGGGUCAGUGCUGUAGAGGCUGAUGGAGAAUGGAUUUUGACUGGCUCCUAUGAUAAAACUGCCCGAAUCUGGUCAUCAGAGGGAAAGGCUAUCAUGACUAUCGCUGGGCACACUGAGGUUGUGAAAGAUGUGGCUUGGAUUAAACGAGGCGAGAUUCGUUGUUUUAUUGAUUUUUUUCUUUUAUAAGCAGCAAAAUGCAGGCGUUUGCAAAAUACAUGCAAAAGCCUGUAUGUGCUUCUGCAACGCAAACAAGUGCAUAUGGCUGCCAAAAAUGCAUUAAAUCCCAUUAACUGGUGUUUGAACAUCCUGAGUGGAAUUUACUAUUUGUUCAAGAAGACCCCACUUGUUCACGGUGUAUCGUAUCUGUCAUUACAUUUCCUUAAGCAGUCACUUUGGUGCUGGUAUAUUUUCUGUUGUAAAAAAAUUCCUCUCAACAGUCUAUAAAAUAAUGAAGAUAGUGGGUUUUAAAGUAAUUCAGGCAAGGUAGCAUGCAAUGUCAAGGUGUGCAUUUAUUUCCUAUUUCCCAUUCAUUUGACUUCAUAGCCAUAUUAUGUUAUUGUGGCAGUGUGCCCCACCCCUGUGUGUGUGUUGUUAUUUUGUGUGUGGAGUAUUAAUGUUGGUGUGUAUGUGUUGGUGCAUAGGAUAUAAUGUGUUGUUAUGUAGCACAAGUUAUACACAAUAUAUUUGUAUUUAGA